AAAUGGGCGAGUGGCUAUCAAAAUAUCAAAAGUAAAGUAUCGAUAGCUUUGCACUCGGUUAAAGAAGAAAGGGACAGAAAGUAGUGUAAAAUACAGACAAACAUGGGCAGACGUGGCUGUGUGAGUCUUAGUUGUGUAAAAACUUGGUUUCUGGUUUUCACUGCUGUAUUAUGGUUGAUAGCUGCUGGUCUUUUUGGAAUUGGGGUUUGGACGUUGGUUGCAAAAAAUGAAUACGAAACAUUGCUAGGAAGCGUCACCUAUGUUACAACUGUUGGUUUGAUGCUGGCAGGAGGUUUAUUUGCCAUGUUUGUGUGCAUAUUUGGAAUUAUUGGUGCAAUCAAAGAAAGUAGAUUCAUGGUUUUGGGUUUUUUCCUAAUGAUUGUCAUCGUUUGCUUAAUUGAGUUGGUGGGUGGCAUCAUUGCUUAUGUUUAUCGGGGAAAGCUAAACUCUGAAGUUGAACGUAGUCUUCGCAUUACGAUUGCUACAAGCUAUGGACUUAGCGGAAAUGAGAAAAAGACUGAAGCCAUUGACAAGUUACAGAAAAAUUACAAAUGUUGCGGAGAUGUUGAUUACAAGAGCUGGGAGAAAUCUGAAUGGUGGCUUCAACAGAGCCGAAACAGCAACCAAAGCUUUCGAGUACCAGACUCCUGUUGUAUUUCGCCAUCUAAAGGUUGUGCCGACGAUCGUAACCAUCCCUCGAAUAUUUGGCGAAACGACCUAUCGCCUCUUGGUUGUUUCAGCGCGCUAGAAGACUAUUUGCUGAAGCAUUUGUUCAUUAUUGGAAUUGCUUGUAUUGUUUCGGGUUUAGCACAGAUCAUCUGCAUCGUUCUAUCCAUGUGGUUGUACCGUUUGAUUGUCGAGUUCCGUUGAAUCGACGAAAGAAACGCUCGUAAAGUGAUGUAGUGGUAAAAGAUCUGGAAAAGAAAUUUAUAUUUGUACAAUAUAAAUAAAUCUGUAUGUGUUUUUUCGUGGUCAAUGUGAGCACGAGAAUGUGGACAAAAUUUAAAAUUCAUUUUUUUUUGUGAAAGCGAAACUGUGGUUAAAGUAUGCCGACUUUCAAUAUUAUUCUAGUGAGUUUAAAAGUUUAAUAAUGUUGUCGUUCAACCCCCUCAUAUUAUCAAGAACCCGCUCAUAAACAAAGCUCGCAGUGGAACAUAGAUUUAAAUCGUAUGUUAUAAAUCGUAAGAUGUCGCAUAACAUUGAAAAACUGUAUAAACCAUAAACCACAUUGUUUAAUUCAAUCAUAUUCAACCUGAUUUGUACUGACCAUUCCAUUUUUCUUCUGUCAACUUCUAUCAUUUAGGAGUAUUAUUAAGUUUUUUAAUUAAUUUUGUCAUUUUAUAUUUAUUUGUUUUUUUAUGUGUGUUAUUCAGUAGUCAUCUUUUAAACUCAUCUCUUCUGCAAUUAUGUAGCUAGAUCCACAUACAAUUGUUUUAAAAAAUAUUUGACAAUUUUUACUACUGUAUAUUUAUUCAUUUUUAACGUUAUGUUUCUUAUAAAUACUUCUUUUUUCUA